ACACAGCGUAUGUGUAGUGGGCUCCCACCCAGAUUGGAGACUGCGAGGAUAUAUUCGAGGCUGCGAGGGUCUGCGAGGGGGGGCGACUGUCUCGUUCCCUCUCCGCACAGUGGACGUUUCCGUUAUUGCCAAUAGCGCUGGGCUAUUCUGAGCCUCUUAAGCUCCUUUUACUCCAUGUCUCAUAUGGCAAAGAAACAGCGUGUUUACGGAUAACCCACCGUGACUGCUCUGUGGUUGUAUCUUUACAUCGCUCGCCAGUAUACAACGGCUGAAAUGGGAUUCCUGGGAUUUUUGGCUCUACCUGACUGGGUCAUCCUCGCGGUCACUGCAGUCGUCUUGCUGUACAUGUACAUCACAAGACGCAGGAACUACUGGAAAAAUCAAAAUAUUACAUACGAGCCUGUUUCAUUGCUCCAGUCAUUCAAGACGUUAUUCGAGCCGUAUCACAUUUUCGACGUCCGAAUGUACAAGAAGCAUGGAAAAAUGUUCGGAAUAUUUGAGGGGAUGAAACCGAUGUUGAUACUUUCCGACCCUGAGCUCCUGAAGCAGGUUCUGGUGAAAGACUUUGCUGAAUUGCCCGAAAGAAGGCGCUCAUUGUUUAUGGAUCCUCUCUUGGACAACAUGAUGAGUGUUGCUCCCCCAAAGUGUUGGAAGAAAGUUCGUCAAGCAUCGAGUCCUGCAUUCUCAACGGGAAGGCUGAGCAAGAUGAUCCAUCUCGUUGAGGAUUGUGCACGAGUCACUGCUGGUCAUUUGCGCAAGGUAGCUAAAGAAAGAAAAGAUAUCGACGCGAAGAAAUUCUUCAGCAACUAUGCUCUGGAUAUCAUUGCACGAUGCGCUUUUGGGACGCACCUUGACUCCUACGAUGAUGAGACCAGUGAGUUCGUUCAGAAAGCAGACAAGGCAUUCUCCGGAUCUGUUAGCUUUCGUUUGAUUCUGUUCGUCCUAUGUCCUGGAAUCUUCAAGUUAUUGGGGAUCAAGCCAGCGAACACGGACUUGUUCUACUUUUUCAAAGACCUUUCUUUGCGCAUUGCCAAACAAAGGCAGGAUACGAACACGCGCCACGAAGAUUUUCUACAGCUUAUGAUUGAUGCUCAACAAGAUGCUGUUUUGGAACCUUCAGAAAGCACAGAGGACCCUGAGAACACGUUGUUUGACCUUAAAGACGACAAAAAGCCCCAGAGAAUAUCUGAAAGGCUGACUGAAGACGAAGCCCUGUCACAAUGUGUAAUGUUUUUCUUCGCUGGUCUGGGAACUACGUCAUCGACAUUGGCUUUUGCAUCAUACAUGCUGGCACUGAAUCCUGCUUGCCAGACACGUCUCAGGGAAGAAAUUGAUGCAUGCUUUCAAAAACAUGGUGAUCGUCCACCGUGGGAGGCCGUCUCGAAGCUAGCGUACUUGGAUGGGGUAAUAUGUGAAACAUUGCGAAUGUUUCCAAUAGCUUCCAGGUUGGAAAGGACCGCUACCGAAGAUUACACGCUUGCGGACACUGGCAUUACUCUGCCCAAAGACUGCAUAGUGGCCAUUCCAGUGCAUGCGAUGCACCAUGAUCCAGAAUAUUUUCCUGACCCGGAGCAAUUCGAUCCAGAAAGGUUCAUCACUGAAAGGGCUUCGUGUAUACGACCCUACACGUACUUGCCAUUCGGAGCUGGACCAAGGAACUGCAUAGGAAUGAGAUUUGCGCUUCAGUCGCUAAAGCUGUGUCUUCUGUAUGCUGUUCGAAACGCGGAGUUCGUGCCGACUGCCAACACAAAGAUUCCACUUGAGUAUCGCAGUGGAUACCCAGCCCUGAUGGUGAAGGACAUCACCGUUGGAGUUCGCCAAAGGUCAUAACAUGCAAGAACAUCACCGGCGCAGACGAACCGCCUUUUUCUUGAUUUAACAAGGCAUGCAUAAUUAAUGAACAAUUACCUAAGUGAUGUGAUGUGACAAAUAGUUGUAUCCGCAUUUUCCUAUAACUUAGUGGCAGUGCUUCCAAAAUCGCACCCCAGCUACGAUCCCCCAUGUCAUCGAGGACUGUGAGCGGUACACUUGUGAACGCCGGGUAUUUCGACGCCAACUUGAACUCCUCGACCAUAGACCAUGCAGCCUGUCCAGAGUACUUGGCCCAUGGAGCUCCCCUGCGCAUCAGUUCCGGGCUCUUCGCUCCCUUUUUGCUUUCAUACAAGCCACUGGACUCCUCGAAGAGCUCUAAGCAGAACUCCGACCUGUCGUCGCUUCAAUCUCACCAUAAUUCAUCCUCUCAUAUUAACCGCUGUGAAAUGGGGUAGGGUCCUGUGGCUACCACGGGGAAACAUCCCAUGUCAUCACCACUUCUUCGUUUAUUAUUGUUGUUGUUGUUGCAAAAUCGUGGCAGAAUCUGUGGGAGGUUCGUAACAGGAAUGGAUAUAUCCAUUCCAUUGUAUCUGAAAUCACAAUUAAAACGUUUUCAAAUAAUUUUGAA